AUGUCUUCGUCGGGGGCGCUCAGCAACUACUACGUGGACUCGUUCCUCCUCCACGAGACCGAGGAGCUGGUGCAGUCGCGCUACGCCUCGGCCCCCCUGGGCCAGCCGGCCAGGCAGGCGACCCUCGGCGAGCACCCCGAGUUCACCCCCUGCAGCUUCCAGUCGAAAGCGUCCGUCUUCAGCACUUCCUGGAAUGCCGUGCACCCGCCGAGCGCCAGCAAUGUGCCGGCUGUCUACCACCCGUACGUGCAUCACCAGCCACCCGACGGCAGGUACAUGCGUUCGUGGCUGGAGCCGAUGCCGGCCUCCUUGUCUUUCCCCGGCUUGCCGGCCAACAGGCAUUACGGCAUUAAACCUGAACCGCUCACGGCCAGGAGGGGUGACUGUACCACCUUUGACACGCACGCACUCUCUCUGACUGACUAUGCUUGUGGUUCUCCUCCAGCUGAUAGGGAUAAGCCAGCCAACGACGGGGCAUUCUCGGAAAACAAUGGCGAGAGCGAGGCAAACGGAGACAAACCCCAGCUGGAUCCAAAUAACCCAGCAGCAAACUGGUUACAUGCAAGAUCCACUAGGAAAAAACGUUGCCCUUACACCAAGCAUCAGACACUGGAGUUGGAGAAAGAGUUUCUGUUCAACAUGUAUCUCACCAGGGACCGGAGGUAUGAAGUGGCCAGGCUCCUGAAUUUAACUGAGAGACAAGUGAAAAUCUGGUUCCAGAAUCGUAGGAUGAAAAUGAAGAAAAUUAACAAAGAUCGAGCAAAGGAUGAAUGA